CGUGUGUAUAUAUAUAUAUAUAUAUUUAUAAUUAAGAGAUGCGCACGCACGUUGUCCAAGUGAUGCCCCGCAAAACUCUUUUGUCGUUGUUCUUCUCUCUCAACGUACCCAGUGUGAUUGUUGGAGCAAGAAUUAAUGGGUUAUUUCCAUUGUUUCGGGAUGAGGAAGAAAGGGAAGGGAUUAAAGCUGAAGGACGAGGAGGUCACAAAUGUUGAGGACAAUCGGAAGCCUGCAGGAAUUGUUCCUGCAUCAUCUUCUGAAUCAAGACUAGGAUCAUCAGGCCCAAAAGAUGAGUCAAAUAAUCCUUGCCAGCCUCCGACAUUCACCUAUCGAGAGCUUGCAACUGCAACGAAUAACUUUAGGGAUGAAAGCUUCAUUGGGCAGGGUGGAUUUGGGGAUGUGUACAAGGGAAAGUUAGAAAGGAAUGGGCAGCAGGUUGUAGCUAUUAAGAAACUUGACCAUUCAGGCCUCCAAGGGGACCCGGAGUUCCUGGUGGAGGUUCUCAUGCUCUCUCUUAUGUGUCAUCCUAACCUCGUCACUUUGUAUGGUUACUGUGCUGAAGGGAACCAGCGUCUUCUUGUAUAUGAAUAUAUGCCCUUAGGAUCCUUGGAAGACCACCUCCAUGAUCUUCCUCCAGAGAAGGAGCCUUUAGACUGGAACACAAGGAUGAUGAUAGCCGCUGGUGCAGCUGAAGGACUAGAAUUUCUGCACCACCAAGCAAAACCUCCUGUUAUACUCAGGGACUUGAAAUCAUCCAACAUAUUACUGGGUGAGGGAUUCCACCCAAAACUUUCUGACUUUGGGCUUGCAAAAUUUGGUCCAAGUGGUGAUAAGUCGCAUGUCUCCACCAGGGUCAUGGGCACUCAAGGUUACUGUGCCCCUGAAUAUGCUACAAGUGGAAAAUUGACAAUGAAAUCUGACAUCUACAGUUUUGGGGUAGUUUUGUUGGAGCUGAUUACUGGACGUAAAGCACUGGCUGACGGCCAUGGGCAUGAUAGACAUCUUGUUGAAUGGGCACGUCCUAUAUUGAAAGACCGUUCGAAAUUUGUGCAAUUAGCAGAUCCAGUGAUGAGAGGCCAGUUCUCAGAAUCUGUCUUGAAGAAGGCCGUAGAUGUGGCAAUCUUGUGUCUCCAAGAAAACGCAAAUAAUCGGCCUUCUAUGCAGGAUGUGGUGGCUGCUAUGAACUUCCUGGUGUCCUGCAAGUAUUGCCCCAAUAAGGCUAACAAGGCUGCCAUUAAGGCCACUGAAGAUAACUCACCAAAUGAAACAAAGAUGUUAAACAAGGGCUUAGACCGAGAGCAAGCUGUUGCAGAGGCCAGGAUGUGGGGAGAGACUUGGAGAGACAAGCAACGACAAAGCACACAUACUUCUCCUGAUGGCUUAUACACAUAGUUGACUAUUUAGUGAGUAUAGAGGAAUUAUACUGGCUGGAGAAGAACUGGAAUAUAUAUAGCUUAAGUGCAAAAGAAUAGGAGGUUGAUACCAUAGGUUAGUUAGCUUAGUUUGAAGGGGAUAGUUGGGGAUGAGAAAGGUUGAUAGGAGGUCCUGCAUGGUAGAGGUGCAUGAUAAAGUCAUUGUUGAACUGGUGCUCCUUUAGCAAUAAAUAUUUCCCUUUCUUUGUUUCCA